CUGCUCAUGUGCUCCUGCUGCUGCUCUCGCUCUCUGCAAGGAUGUAAAUGUGCACAAAAUAUGAGUACGCCUGCCCUAAAACUCUCUUUUCUCUGUCUUUCCAUAAACCACGCUAAAUGCGGAUGGAUCAUGACCGCAUUCUCUUCUGGACAUCUGUUCAUCCUCCGCCUGUGAGAGAGGAGAAAGAGGGCGAAUCGGAGGUGGAGGAGAAGAAAGAAGAGGAGAAGAAAGAAGAGGAGAAGAAAGAAGAGGAGAAGAAAGAGGAAGAGAAGAAAGAGGAAGAGAAGAAAGAGGAAGAGCAAGUGAUCAAGCAGGAGGCGAGUGUUCUGUCAACACUUAAAGUCAACAAGAAGAUGAAGAUGGUGGUGUGUCACGUGACCCUGCUGGAUGGCAGCCAGUUCUCCUGUGAGGUGGAGAAACGGGCGAAAGGCCAGUACCUGUUUUUUCAAGUCUGCGAUCACCUGAAUCUGUUGGAGAAGGAUUACUUCGGCCUGAGCUUUAAAGACAACGCCGAGCAGAGCUGCUGGCUGGACCCCACCAAGGACAUCAAGCGGCAGAUCCGCAACUCUCAGUGGCAGUUUGUGUUCAGUGUGAAGUUUUACCCUCCGGACCCGUCGCAGCUGACUGAGGACAUCACGAGGUAUCUGCUGUGCCUCCAUUUAUAUCUUGUGCUGAAAGUGGAUGCGAAUGUCUUUCAGUUAAAGACUGCGUGUCCUCUCUUUUCCCAGGACUCUGAGGGAGUGGAUAUCAUGCUAGGAGUGUGUGCAAACGGUUUGCUAAUCUAUAAGGAUCGUCUGCGGAUAAACCGUUUUUCUUGGCCCAAAAUCCUCAAGAUCUCCUACAAACGCAGUAACUUCUACAUCAAGAUCAGGCCAGGAGAGGCCGAGCAGUUUGAGAGCACCGUCGGCUUCAAGCUGCCCAACCACCGGGCCGCCAAACGAGUUUGGAAAGUCUGCGUUGAGCACCACACCUUCUUCAGGUUGGUUUCUACUGAACAGCCCACCAAGACCAAGUUCCUGACUCUGGGCUCUAAGUUCCGCUACAGCGGCAGAACGCAGGCGCAGACGCGACAGGCCAGCUCCCUCAUCGACCGGCCCACGCCCUACUUCCAGCGCACCUCCAGCAAACGCAUCUCUCGCAGUCUUGAUGGAGCUCCUGUGGUGAACGUGAGUGAUUACAGUCAAGCUGCAGGCGCUGGAGAGAACGGCCCGGCUCUGGAGCUCAACUCUGACUCUAAGUCUCUCUUCAUGUUCCCGUUCUCCCCAUCCUCCUCCACCCUCUCCUCCCUCCCGCCGACCCUUGACACCAUCUCUGAGCUGGAUGUGUUAUCUGACAUCUCCGAGGACGAGCCUGACCUCCACCUCGAGCCGGACUCUGAGGCUGUGAGCUGGCCGGCCGAAAAAUCCUGCAGCGACGAGGGUUUGUCCGAAGAGCCCUGCUCUGCUCUGCCCCGGCUGGGUGUGUCUGUGCUCAGCUUCUGCAGGGGUCUGUGUCUGCCCUGGCUGCUGGACGAGGACGGCUGCAUCAGUCUGCCCUGUCUACCGGAGGACUGCGCCACUCUGCUGCUUCCCGCAGGACUGCACCGUCACCUGCCCCUCACCUCCUCUUCCCUCCUGCCCUCCUUCCUGCUCAUCUUCGCCGUCGUCCUCUCCGCCUGCCAGUCGGUAGCGCUGUCUCUGCUGCUGGCACUGCCUCUGGCCCUGUCCCUGUGCUACCUGGAGCCGAAAACACUCGCGCACUUCAGGCCGGCGGAGGUCAUGGCUGAGACGAGCUCUCCAGAGGAAAUGCAGUACUAUUUUGUCCAUUAUUCCACCAAUCAGAGUCCACAGGUGGAGGUCAUGGAGAAGCCAAACGCGGAUGCAGCCACAUCCAUCAGCACUGAAACGGCCUUUGAGACGGAUGGCGCUGGCACUCCUGAGAGAAAGAGCAAGUUGAGAGUGCAGGGGGAAAAUAUAUAUGUCAGGCAUAGCAAUUUAAUGUUGGAGGACUUGGAUAAGACCCAGGAGGAUGUGUUGAAGCAUCAGGCUAGCAUUAGCGAGCUCAAGCGCAGUUUUAUGGAGGCUACACCCGAGCCCAGGCCCAGUCAGUGGGACAAGCGCCUGACGGGCAGCCCUGCCACCUCCCUGCGCCUGCAGGCUCAUGGGGUUUCACAGAAAACCCCUCCCCGUCCUGAGACGGACAUCAGAGACGCCAGCAAGAGCGCAGAAGGCAAACCCGAAGUCAGCAACCAGCCAGAGGUCAUAGAGGUCGUGGAAGAGACCGUUGUCAUCGAGGAAGUCGUCAAAGCCAAACCCAAAAGCCCCGCCCCUGAGGCGCCGGUUACCGUGGAGACGGAGGUCAAGGAGGAGAGGAGUUUAUCGUCAGACAGCGAGAGCGAAGAGGAGGCGGAGUACCACGCUCAGCCACCCAGCACGAGCAUCUCCACCCAGCAGAUCAAAGAAGAGCCCGAGGAGGAACAGGAGGCGGUGCUUACUCAACAAGCCCCGCCCUCUGUGGUAGAGUCACAGCCAAUCACAGAAGCAGCUGAGCCCGGCCCUGCGGCGGAGGAAGAGAAAGCAGCGCAGCCUCAUGAGGAAGAGCGUACAGACGAGCCACUGCUGACGCCAGACGAAGCUCCCAAUGGACAAGCCCCCCAAGACGAAGCCCCGCCCACUCCCCAAACUGCUGCCGCCGAGGAGGAGGAGCCUCACAUCGUGAAUGGCAGCGCCUCUCGCGUCGAAACAGAGCACCUGCCGCAGGUUAUUUGUUGUUCGGAGCCUCCUGUUGUGAAGACUGAGAUGGUUACGAUCUCAGACACGUUUGCUGCUCAGAAGACGGAGAUAUCCACUAAGGAGGUUCCCAUCGUUCACACAGAAACCAAGACCAUCACGUACGAGGCCGCCCAGCUUGAUGGUAAUGGAGACGGGGAGCCAGGCGUGCUCAUGACAGCUCAAACCAUCACCUCUGAAUCGCUCUGCACCACCACCACCACACACAUCACGAAGACACUAAAGGGCGGGCUGUCAGAAACUCGCAUUGAGAAGCGCAUCGUCAUCACGGGAGACUCUGACAUUGAUCACGAUCAGGCAUUGGCCCAGGCUAUAAAGGAGGCCAAAGAGCAGCACCCUGACAUGUCCGUCACUCGCGUGGUGGUCCACAAAGAGACGGAGCUCGCCGAGGACGAGGACUGAAGGACAGGUAAGCGCAUGGCAAAAAGCGCCACUCUUGACGACCUGCUCCGGCCCAGCUCCUCCUCCUCCACUGGGAGCCUGUCGUUUCUCCCCUUUUGUUUGUUCUUUUUCUUGUAUUCAUCUAUCCUUUUGUGUUUGUCUCUUUCUUUUCUCUGUGCUGGGUCUGCUCAGUGUGUUUCUCAUGUUAAAGCAGUGCGGAUUCACACUCAUUUGUGCUGAACUGUACUCUUAUUUUAGGGGAUCCUCAUACACCUUUGAAUGAAAUGUAUGCACUCAACUGUCGCAGCUUUAAUUACGGG